AUGAAGAAAUUGAUAAAUCUGAGUAAAGAGGGCCGCCGUGACAGCAUGGACGACGCUUCGGCCCGCGAGCAGCGACAAUCUCAACCCCCAUCCAAAACUGAUCAUAUAAACCCCCCUGCGAACCAAUCUGAAAGACAUCAUGCCAUAAAUGCUCCCUCAAGCUCAUCCUCAAUGCUAACAUUUGACGAUGUCUACUCACCAAAUCGACAAAAAGCAAUGUCAACAUCAACUUCGGACAGCAAACUCACACCAGAGCUCACAUCACCAACCAAAUCACUAAAGACUUUUCUAUUCAAGAAUAGACUUUCAUCGUAUUCCAUUGAUAGUAUAAGUGAAGCACCUGAAUUGGAAUCACAAGUUACUCAGGAACAACAAUCUUUAGCAUCUCAACCAGGUGCUACUACUGUACAUGAUCUAACUCCAACCAAGUCUCCAAACCGGCUCUUGAACUUCGGACUUCGGCCCAAGUUCAUUCGUUCAAAGUCUUCAGGAUUGUCGGAUGCAAACCCACCACCGACUCCUUCUAGACUCUCUACGUCAAACCGAAAGAGAGUUACUUUGGAUGAUUUUGCUGAUACCGAUUCUGAUGAUUCUGCAGCAAGUCCCAAUCAUGAGACAAGUGUUGGCGAUCCAGAAAAUGUUAAUUUGCCUAUCUUGUUUGAUGACACAUUUGACGAAUCUGUAAAUUCUGUUUUACAAGAAUACCACAACCGAGAUUCGGAUGCAAGGACCCGAAGCAUGUUUCUUGAAUCUGAUCUAAGACCGAAAAGUGGCGAGUUGUCACUACAGGAAAGUGAGCAGUUGAAAUCAGAUAUCAUACGGCAGGGCUCUAUAAAAUCAAUCGGAGCAAAAACAACACAGGAAGGGGAGCACACUUCCAGUGACAACUCACUAUUCAUUGAUGCAAAAGCAUCGCAGGAACAGUUCAGACAAGGAAACGUUAAGGUGAGUCAAGCUUCACCCACAAUAUUCAAUAGAAUCUCAGUUCUAUCCGACGAGAGCAGUCCCAAAACACCUAGAUCCGAUCGAGAUAGUACAGGUAGCUCUACGCUGUUACGGUUCAAAGUGCACGGUAAUCAAAUUGAACCGGUAAAAAACAAAGCUAGACAUGUGAGUUCCGCCACAAACAUAUCACAAACGGAAACAAACAGGUCUUCAUUGAGGGCGUCGGUUGCCCUCAGUGAUGAUAGCGAAACUAAUGACUCAGGAAGGGCGUCAUUUCCUGAUCCAACUGUAACUCCAUUGGCCACACCAAGAGUAAAUUACAGGGACAGUAAGCACAGCUCGUCAUCGAAUCGAAGUUCAAUCAAUGAUAGCGCAAUAGCAGGUCUGUUGCCUAACACGUCAUCUAGUGGUGGUGGUGGUGGUGGUGGUAAUGUUGGUGGCCGUCUGCAUCUCAUACAGCCCUCGGUCCCACCUCGACAUUCACUAGCCGAUGAUAGCAUAUCUCUCGACGGAGAUGAAUACCAUCUUGACGAAGAGACAAUCAACAGUAAGACCAAAGUCCUGAAUGUGACCAAUUCUUACGUUUUUGAUGAAACAAUGUUGAAAAGUGACGAUACAAAACAUUCGAGUAUGGCACGGUCAUCCAUGUCUUCUGGGGAAUUAUUGAGGAACUUGGUGGGCAGUUCUUAUGAUCAGACUAGGAGUAGUGAUAAUUCUGAUCAACGUCCUCGAAGUCAGUACAGAGAAGGAGGUGCAGCGUCCAGACCAGUGUCAACUAUGUUUAAUGUUUCAAAGCCGAUAGCGACAGUGCCAGAGAUGCCGAUUGAUACCACUUCGGAAAACAUUUACCCCCACUUGCCAUCAAAGCAACGUCUUCCAAGAAUUGGUAGUUCUCAAACCGUCAACGACAUGACAGCUGGAUUGGAUGCAACUAACGAACUACCGAUAAUGUUGUACACUAUACAUAACAAAGACUAUGAUGAGUCCAAGAACAGAUGGUCUGUUUAUGAGAAUCGAAAUAGUCAAAAUACCCAGAAUGCAGCCAGGGAACCUGAGACGGGUGGACUUCUGACCCAUUCGGAAUCACGCACAAAUAGCCCUGAUCCUAACGAAGUGCUAGCUUCCAGGUCCCAGAAAUCGCAUGCUGGAUCUUUGAGUGGAUCAAGUGGGGUGGGGACAAGAUCAACAGCAAGAGUCUCCAACGCAUCGUCAUCAUUGAGUCGUCAUAAACAAUUAGAAGGUAGACAAUUGGACAACCAUCGAGAUGUAUAUAGUGAUACCCCGCAGCCCCACAAUUUGCAAGGUCACAGACAAGAUGACCCCCAUUUACCAGGACAGCAAUUAGUAUUGUCACAACCGAAACGAGAUUUAUUCCUUAGUGAUAGACAACCAUCAUCAAAUAUGAUUGAUGAAGAAAAACAAAUUGACAGCUACACUUAUAACCCGAGUCGAGGAGCAACAAAUUUCCCACGUCAGGAAAAACAAGAAGGAGAAUAUGAGUCAACCUACAAAUUCCUUCCUUACACGUGGCUACAAUUUUCACUACUUAUGCUUGUGGGCCUAGUUGCUCCACCCAUCUAUUUCCUCACGACAGUUGGUGUAUUUGAUGGAAAAGAUGGUCAUGGUUCGUAUUACGGUGGUAUGACUGGUUAUGAAGUGAAUCAUUCAAAUCGAGGAGUUUACGUGAAGAGAUUUACCAAGCUGCAGAAGAUUGUCAGUUUCGUGCUUGGAUUGGCAUGGGUGUUGAUUGUGUUGGCCAUGAUAGGAGUUGGGCUAGGUGUGGGGUUGACGAGAGGAAGUUGA